AUGGAACCGCAGCAGCAGCAGCCGCAGCCGCCAUCACGCCCUGGAGCGGGAGCAGUGACGGCCUCAACCACCACCAAGACGACGGCCAAAUCGCGCCCUCGCCAUCGCCGGAAGGAGAAGGACGAGACAGCAUCGGACGCUGCUGGCGAUGACUCGAACAAGCGACGAUGUGUGAGCUCAGCCUGUGUGGCCUGUCGCAAGAGAAAGUCAAAGUGCGACGGUAACACACCCGCAUGCGCUGCUUGCUCGCAAGUCUAUGGCACCGAGUGCAUCUACGACCCGAACUCGGACCACCGCCGUAAGGGUGUCUAUCGAAGCGAUGCCGAUUCCAUCAAGACGCGCAACUCCACCUUGCAAACUCUUAUUCACGCCAUACUGAACUACCCGGAGGACGAUGUGCCGAGCCUGGUGCGCGAGAUGAGGACAUGCGAAAGCUUGGACAAAGUCGCCGAACGUGUUCUUGCUCGUGAGCAAGGUCAGGCUACCGAUGAAUCCGACGAUCAGCAAGAGGAAGACUUCAUACAGCACUCCACAAAUGGUCCGUCAACGGCGACACCACUUUUCGAGAAGCAACUGUCUACACGAGUGGGCGAGCUGCGGCUUGACGAUGGCUCGGUCCGCUACAUUGGUGGCACUUCGAAUCUGCUGUUCAUGCAGUCCGAUGAAGAGUCGCAAACUUCAUCCAUGUCCGAAGCCUAUCCUCAGCAGGAGAAUCCUGUCACAUCAUGGACGACCCAGACGUCUGAUCCUGAGCUGGUCAUGCAUCUGGUUAACAUGUAUUUUACAUGGCACUACACAUAUUUCACAUGCUUGCCCAAGCACCUGUUCUACCGCGAUUUCAUGCGAGGGAAACCACCAUCUGACACUCGCCGAAAGACCGAGUAUUGUACACCAUUGCUGGUUAAUGCUAUCCUCGCUCUUGGAUGCCAUUUCACGUCAUCACCUGGCGCUCGUGAGAACCCUGAAGACUCGGCGACUGCUGGUGACCACUUCUUCCGCGAGGCCAAACGUUUGAUCGUGGACAACGACGAAUACGAGAAGCCAAAGAUGACCACAGUUCAGGCUCUGGCACUUAUGAGUGUACGCGAGGCGGGCUGUGGUCGCGAGGCCAAAGGCUGGGUUUACUCGGCCAUGAGCUUCCGCAUGGCCUGUGAUAUGGGCUUGAACAUUGACUCGUCUGGUCUAUCUCACGGAGCUGAUCACACAAUCGACGCCGAGGAAGAGGAUGCUCGUCGAAUCACUUUCUGGGGGUGCUUUCUAUUUGACAAAUGCUGGUCAAACUAUCUGGGCCGUCUACCACAACUACCCAGUUCUGCCAUUACAGUGCCCAAAUUUGAUGUUUUCCCGGACGAAGACAGCGCCUCAUGGGCACCGUACACUGAUUCUGGCUUCAUGAGUGCCCGAUCGCAGCCUGCCCGCACACGUGCAGUGGCGCUUCAAAUUUCCGUGCUGUGCGAGAUCAGCAACGAUCUGAUGCGACAUUUCUACAAUCCUAGUGACAUGGACAAGAGUCGUGGUAGGCAAGCUGAGCUCAAGAUGUUGAGUGAUAUCCACACUCGCCUCGAGACCUGGCGUCGCAGUCUGCCUGCUGAGCUGGAACCCAAAGAGGGAGGUCUCAGCAGUGUCCUGACCAUGCACAUGUUCUUCCAGCUUCUGUUUAUCCAUCUGUUCCGCCCCUUCCUCAAAUACAACCAAAGCACAUCACCGCUACCGACCAAUGUCAGUCCACGAAGACUGUGUACGCAAGCUGCUGCUAUGAUCUCAAAGCUCAUGCGCUUGUAUAAGCGAUCGCAUGGGCUACGGCAGAUUUGUAACGUGACAGUCUACAUCAUGCAUUCGGCAUGUACUAUCCACCUGCUGAAUCUGCCCGACAAGAAUGCUCGACGUGAUAUUAUCCACGGCAUCAAGCAUCUUGAAGAGAUUGGAGAAGGAUGGCUUGGCGCACGUCGCACAUUGAGCAUCAUUGCCGUCAUGGCACGAAAGUGGAAAGUCGAGUUGCCUGAGGAAGCAGCCACCGUACUUGCACGUGCCGAGAACAAAUUCGGCCCUCAUAGCACGGAUACGCCGAGUCCAGCGGCUCGUCGAGCGUCCUUUAUGACAAUGAUAGGAACAUCAGACGCUUUGCCGAUUCAAAGGCCACAGGUUCCGCUCACACAACAGCGACCUGCAUGGACUCCAGCACAGCAAGCCAUGAUGGCCAACGCCUCUGCACCCAUGUAUGGACAAGUCCCGUUCAAUACACAGUCAACAGCAAGUCCUUUCGCUCUGCCCCCACAAUCUGCUUCUGAGAUUCGCGCGACAAACUACCCAUCCGCACAAUCCACACCUUUUACAAACGGACUACAACCCAAUCCAGCUGAGUCGCCAGCCGGGACCUUCACCCAAGCAGCCAGCCCCUCAGACAUGUUUGGUGGCGUAGAACAGCUGUUACGAGACAGUCAAGACUGGGUCUUCCGAGACCAAGCACAACUAGCUUCAGGCUUUGGAAACUGGAAUGGAGGGAUUGACAUGGGAGUCACACCCAUGGGCCAGAGUCCAGUUACUGCUGGACCUCCACUCGGGACGUUCCCAACUGCCACUGGGUAUUCGUCCGUGAUUGGAAGUGCUGGUGUUGGAGUUCCGCAGCAACAGCAAGUGCCACAGCCACAGCCUGAUGGAUUUGAGACUAUGACGACUUAUGAUGAGAGGGAGUGGUAUCAAUGA